AUGUAUAACAUAGUACGUAUUGAACGCUGCAUCAAAAGUCAACUGCAUCAUCCGAUAAUAAGAAGACAUACAGCAGCCAUCUUCUUCGACAUCAAAGCUGCUUUUGACUCGGUUUGGCAUGAAGGCUUGAUUUACAAAUUCAAUGAUCUUCGACUUCCAACUUACAUCAUCAAAUAUCUUAUAUCGUUCCUUGAGAAUAGAACUGCUACUGUUGAACUAGAUAACACGUUAUCGCGCUUGUUUACUCUCAGUAGUGGGACACCUCAAGGUUCACCACUAUCUCCAUUAUUAUACAUCAUUUAUACUUCUGACUCGAUGAAUGGAAUACCACCACAUACAGAACAUGGACUGUUCGCCGACGAUACAGCUUUAUGGACAUCUUCGCAUCAACUUACAAACUUAAAUGAUAGACUUCAACAAUCAAUCAACGAGUUUGAAAAAUGGUGCAAAGCGUGGAAACUAAAGCUGCAACCAACCAAGACCGAAUUAGUUCAUUUCAGCAUUCAUCCUCGAAAGAAAUACAAAAAUCCGGUGCAAGCUAAAGUUGAAAACAUCACCAUUCAACCAGCAACUUCCACCAGAUAUUUAGGUAUGAUAAUGGACAAUCGAUUAAGUUGGAGAACACACCUGAAACAAGUCGAAACAAGAAUUGCAGCGCGAUUAAGUUUACUUCGUUUUCUGAAUCGAGCUGCAAUUGAACCGAACCACAACAUUAUGAUAAACUUAUACAAGUCACUCAUAAGAACAGUCACCAUAUAUGGUUAUCCAGUUCUUCUAUCUGCCGAUAACAAAAUAUGGGACCGUAUUCAAAUCAUCCAAAACAAAGCACUUCGAGUGGCAUUAGGUUUACCACAUUAUACGUCCGUCAACUAUAUCCAUCGAAUCGCAAACAUUCCAAGAAUCAAAGAUUAUGCAGUUAAUUUACUCGAACGAGCCACUUCAACUGCAGCAUCAAACAAUGAAAUGAUUUAUCAUCGAUCACUACAAGACAUUCUCCAAGCAUCACGAACACAACAGUAA